AUGAGGUUCCUUUCUGCAUGCGCAAUCGCGUGCCUGGCACUUCAGUCCGCUGCUGUUGUUGUCGUGGACCGUAAGCUAGGAGGAUUCACCGUCAUUGAGCAUCCGGAUCCUGCAAAGCGUGAUUUGCUUCAAGAUAUUGUAAAAUGGGACAAUGAAUCUCUAUUCAUCAAUGGAGAAAGGAUAAUGAUAUUUAGCGCUGAAUUCCAUCCGUUUCGGUAUUCAUUUAUGGGACUGAUCAUUCGAUGCGGCUUGCCCGUUCCGUCACUAUGGCUCGAUAUUUUCCAGAAAAUCAAAGCCCUCGGUUUCAAUUGUGUCUCUUUCUAUACCAACUGGGCCUUGACCGAGGGAAAACCUGGUGAAUACACUGCCGAGGGCAUCUUCGCCUGGGAACCAUUCUUUGAGGCGGCCACCGAAGCUGGGAUCUAUCUUCUUGCUCGACCUGGCCCAUGCAUCAACGCAGAAGUGUCUGGUGGGGGUUUUCCUGGCUGGCUACAACGCGUGAGAGGCCAAUUUCAGACUAGCGAUAAGGAUUAUCUUGCUGCAACAGACAAUUAUAUCGCCCAUAUUGCGUCACCAGUGGCCAAAGCGCAAAUCACGAACGGGGGACCAGUGAUAUUAUACCAGCCAGAAAAUGAGCAUACACUCUCCCUGCGCAUCCAUGAUUUUCCCGACGGGGAUUAUAUGCAAUACGUAAUUGAUCAAGCCAGAAAGGCUGGGAUCGUGGUGCCCAUGAUUAGCAACGAUGCAUGGGCUGCUGGUAACAACGCUCCUGGGACAGGGAAGGGUGAGGUUGACAUCUAUGGCCACGAUAAAUAUCCGCUUGGGUUCAAUUGUGCCAAUCCCGACUUCUGGCCUCCUGGAUUUUUGUCCACCCAUUGGCGGCAGCUCCACCUCAUCCAAAGUCCCACCACACCUUACGCCCUUGUCGAGAACAAUUUCAGCUUUGGGAAUGUAUUUUUGAAUCUCUACAUGGGCCAUCCAGGAGGCUACACAUCAUACGACUACGGGGCUCCUAUAUCUGAAGACCGCAACAUCACCCGCGAAAAAUAUGGCGAACUUAAGCUGAUUGGCAACUUUAUGAAAGCGUCACCUUCCUUCAUGAAUGCCGUUCCUGGCCAUUGGUCUAUUUCAAAGUUUACGACCACACCAACAUUAACAGUCACCUCACUGAUCGGAAGGCUGUCCGAUUCGUCUUUUUUUGUAUUAAGGCUUUCCGAAUACAGCUCAAAAGCUUCAACGAACUACAAAUUGAAGCUCCCAACAAGUGUUGGGCGCUUGAUCAUGCCCCAACUAAACGGCACUUUGACACUAAAUGGCAGAGAUUCUAAAAUCUACGUUACAGACUACGACGUCGCGGGAACUAAAUAUUUUCUACUCGACUGCCGAGAUAUUCACAUGGAAGAAGUUUGGGGACCGCAAGGUCUUCUGGUUGAAGGACCCUCGCAUGAUAUGACAAUCAAGAAAGUGGAUGAUUAUGUUGUUCUUAACUGGGAGACGAUGCGGGAACGCCGCAUUGUGGAUAUUGGCGAUCUGUCUGUUUUCAUACUCGUGCGGACUGCUUUCGUUCGUGGAAGUGAACUUCAUAUUACCGCAGAUUUUAACACCACCACGCCAAUUGAGAUCAUCGGUGCUCCAAAAAACACUAGCACACUGCAUAUCAAUGGAGAAAAAGUCAUACAUAAAGUGGAUGACCAUGGCAUCUGGACCACCUCAAUUGAAUAUGUGGCUCUGAAAAUUGACCUCCCAGACUUGGAGAGCCUGGAAUGGAAGUACAUCGAUUCGCUACCGGAGCUCCAGGAGGAUUAUGACGAUUCGUUAUGGACUGUUGCUGAUCAUAAGAAGACCAAUAAUACCUUGCGCCCACUUACGACCCCGACUUCCCUGCAUGCCUCGGACUAUGGCUACCAUACGGGCUACCUCGUCUAUCGAGGACACUUCGUCGCCAGUGGAAUUGAGACGGGCAUCUCCUUUGAGACGCAAGGCGGUUUUGGGUUUGGGAAUUCAGCAUGGCUCAAUGGGAGUCACAUUGGAUCCUGGAAGGGCAAGAGCUAUCUUGGGAGCAAGCAGCACCAACAUAUAUUCCUUCCCCAAACUGAAAGCCGGUGA